UGAGCACGGGAAGAUGGCGGAACAGGCUACCAAAUCCGUGCUGUUUGUGUGUCUGGGUAACAUUUGUCGAUCACCCAUUGCAGAAGCAGUUUUCAGGAAACUUGUAACCGAUCAAAACAUCUCAGAGAAUUGGGUUAUUGACAGCGGUGCUGUUUCUGACUGGAACGUGGGCCGGUCCCCAGACCCAAGAGCUGUGAGCUGCCUAAGAAAUCAUGGCAUUCACACAGCCCAUAAAGCAAGACAGAUUACCAAAGAAGAUUUUGCCACAUUUGAUUAUAUACUGUGUAUGGAUGAAAGCAAUCAGGGGAAUGACUCUGACUUUGAGACGGUGUACCAGCAGUGUGUCAGGUGCUGCAGAGCGUUCUUGGAGAAGGCCCACUGAGGCAGGUUCGUGCCCUGCUGCGGCCAGCCUGACUAGACCCCACCCUGAGGUCCUGCAUUUCUCAGU